GGUGGUAGAAAGCGGAGGAGUAUGUGCGAUUGACCUGGGCCGAAUGAGUGCAGCUUCGGUUGACCAGUAAGUGUCAGCUGUGGGCGCAGAAGGGUGUGGGUAGCUUCGGCUUCGUGGAGGCUGUGGCAGGACGAUCUCCACAGUUUCAAGGCGUUGAAGAACGAAGAAAGCUCUGCGGAAGACAGCUAUGGCGGCUGGCGUGAGCUACAAAAUGGUACUGGCAGUGGCAACGACAUGCGUGUUUGUCGUGGUCGCAAAGGCCGUGGUAGUGCAAGGGAAGAUGAGCCGCGCCGAAGGGUCGACCAAGACGGCCGAACGGCGGCUCGAGUACACUGAACAUCAUGAGGUUUUUAAGUCUGAGGGAGGAUCAGUGUCGAUGUGGGCGGACUCGUUUGAGCAGAUAUCUGGCGCAGGUAGAAAGUUCUCGGCCUUGCACCUCACGCUGGAGGAGGAUGGCUUUUUGCUCCCUAACUACUCUCCAGGCCAUGGCGUCAUUUAUGUCCUUGAAGGCUCAGCAUAUGUUGGACUGAUGACGCCGUGGGGUAUCCCGGCCACUCUGCAGAGAACUAAGAAGGGGGAGAUGUUUGUUGUCCCGCGUGGGUGGGUGACUUGGAUCUGCAAUCAUCACCACAAGAGCGAGACGGGCGGCGGUCAGACGUCCACCUUUAAGGCAUUGGCUGUUGUGGAUUUCCCAGCAUCACUGGCGAGCGAAAAGGGUGGAAAGACUGAGACGAACGGGUGCUAUUUCUUGGCCGGCGCUUCGGAGCGAGGGGGUGAAGGGCGCGCAGGGCACGGAAGUGUUCUUCACGGCUUCAGCAACGAUGUGCUCGCCCAAGCGUGGGGUUUGGAUGAGGCAGAUGUGGACAAACUACUCCGUUCGCAGGAAGGUGUCGGGAUUGUCAAGGUGACUAAGACUGGGCAUCCGGAGUUGUGGGAGCGUUUUGUGAGAAAGCUGUCGCACAUGGAAGUGUUGAGCGACAUGUUCAGCUUCGUGGAUGGACUCGCACACACCAAGAGACAUGGGGGUCGUCACGGAGAGGAGGAAACCGCCUCCUGGUUCUUGGGGGAAUUUACCUAUAAUGUCGAGACAGCGACUCCUGCUGUCUUCAAUGAAGGUGGUGAAAUGCGUGUCGUUGGCAAAGAACUGCUGCCGACUCUUGGAAGGUUUGGCAUGGGUUUCUCUCUCGCUGUCGGUAAACUCAAGAAGGGCGCGUUGCAAGCCCCAGGGUGGUCUGUCAAUGCUCACAGGAUUGUGUACGUGACCAGCGGUAGCGGACGGAUUCAGAUUGCCCAUCCGAACGGCAGUAACGCUCUCAACACUCACGUGCGUGCUGGGUCGGUCGUUGUCAUCCCGCGGUUCUAUCCCUCUGUUAAGAUCGCAUCGAAGGAUGGUCUCGAGUUCGUUAGUGUGACCACGUCUUCGCUGCCGCUCUUGGUCAAUCUUGCCGGCCAUAAUUCCCUCCUCAAUAACAUGCCCGAGCGUGUCGUCGAAGAGGCAUUCAACAUUCCUUCAGAGCUUGUGAAGAAGCUACGCCACCAGAGGGUGCAGUAUACUGUCAUUCUGCCGCCGCCAAGCUCUCAGAAACAACAGCAGGAGGAGAAGCUGUAGAGGAAGCUGGUUUAGUACUAAUGCACGAAGACUUGCUAAAUGAGAUUGAACACUCGCUGAUUACUUGACAACGAAGUAUCAGCCAGUGGCCCAGCGGAGUGCAGCGAUGUUGUGUACAAUUGCUUUCGGUCAGUGAAUGUUCAUGACACUUGGCAGUCAAUUGCAGACUGUCGAUCACACCCGUACUGUGGUCUAAUACUGUCAACCGUAUGCUUGAACUCUCAGUCACACCCGUACUGUGGUCGACGCCGAAUGUCGGACUCGAUGGUCGUACUAUUGACCGUAUGCUCGGGCAUGACAUUGAAAGAAUUAGGCUGCAGGUGUCGUGUUGGUCUAUUGUAGAGGAGAGCAAAUGACUGUUCUGGUGACGGUCAGGAAAAGGAAUGAUACGACCAUCUAUCGUGUAUAUUAGGAAGCAAGAGAUUGAAGGGAGGCCACAGCACAAUUCUUUUGGUGGGAACAGAAGAGUAGGUUUUGACGGCAUGCACACGUGAAUGCGAUGGAAUGUGAAUGUGCACCGGCACCUGUGGGCAUGUCCAAACCUGUGGGGUCCAGAGGGGAUGUGCAUAGAAGAUGGAUUGGGGGUGUUGGAGCAGUUGCUGACCCGGCUGAUUUCAAUGUGCAUCCAUCUGUGUGGAUGUCCAGACCUGUGGGAAUGUGCAUACAAGAUCGAUUGUAGGAUGUUUAUCUGUGGUCGUUGUAUUGCUAUAGAUUCAAGGGGGGUGUUGAAGCAGCUGUCGGAGCACAGCUGCUAACCUGGCUGUGCGGCUCUCCCAUAGCAUGGUGUACAUUAUGUGCAUACAAGAUCGGUUGUAGGAUGUCACUCAUCUGUGGUCGUUGUAUUGCUAUAGAUUCAAGGGGGGUGUUGAGCAGCUGUCAGAGCACAGCUGCUAACCCGGCUGUGUGGCUCUCCCAUAGCAUGGUGUACAUUAAUUCCCAUUGUUUGUGUAAACUCCUUUUGUUUGGGCUGUGGUUGAUUUGUGUGUGGUUGCUUUUGAGGUUCGUUUGUACUGUGUUGGUAAUUUGUACAAGACUUGAUGAUGGGUGGGAGAGAUGGUAAGUGAGAUAGGGCCACAUGCUCAAUCUACUGCUAUUGUAGCUUUUAACCUACUGUCUUCGAUGGCCGGUUAUUAUAGCUACAUUUGGCACAACUUCGAGUCCAGAUGCAGCAAUAAUGACCGGGCAUUUUAUUUGGGUGAACACGGUAGCCUGGUAAGUGAGUGGCAAGGAAAUGCCAAGGAUCAGACUUGGCAAGUAGGAAAGAGUUUGGGGAAUUUAGAGCAAGUCGCUUAGUCUGUCACAAGAACGUUGUGAUGAUGGGUGGGAGAGAGACCAAGUGAGAUAUAGGGACACGUGCUCAAUCUAUUGCUAUUGUAGUUUUGAAACUGGCCCUGGAAGUGAGUGGGCAGGAUUGGACUAGGCCAGUAGGUAGAGUUUUGGGAAUUCAGAGCAAGUCAGUUAGUCCGUGAUGCGUUAUGUCUUGCGAUAGAUGAGUGUUUAGGGUUUAGGGUUUUGUCUCUUAUCUUGUGAGAGAUUACUUGUUUCAGGGUGUACCUGUCCCGGCUGUCCGGCCGUAAGGUGUACUUGGAUUUUAUCAGUGUACUAAUCGGUCAGAACGUGUUGUUCCUUUUUGAAGAGACUCCACCGAAUUCGGAUUGUAUCAGUUCAGUAACUGGUUAGAACGGGUUGGUUUUGUUUGUCAUUGAAGAGAUUCCGCGUCUGCGAUCUGCUGGAGCUGGGGGCAUCACUGGUGGUUGAGUUCUUGAAUUUGACUGCAGUGGCGUUGAGCAUUCCUAAGUAAUUGUGAGCGAGUCAGAAGAGAUGGGUUGACUUGACACAUGCAUUCGACUUCAGUGUGUGCAAUAUGAGACUUUUUGUAUGACCCUUGCAACCAGAG